UAGCUGAACUUUGACAGAAAAUUACUAAUUAUGGCAUCAACCCAAAGAUUUUUAUCGCAAAUUUGUCAAAGCGCGCCUAAUUUGCUAAACCUUUCUAGCAAAUUACAGCGCUUACCGGCUAGUGUUUUUGUGCGACAUUCUAGCUAUCUAUCAUCCCCACCAGUGGGCCCCCGCGAGGAAUAUCCCGAAGUAGAGAUUGUGCGAGAUGCUCCUGAAUGGAAAUAUGUUGAACGUUUGCUACCCCAAAAAACGAUUCCAUACCCUGUUAAAAGAGCUGAAUACCCAUCUGGUUGGAAGCCACAGACCGCCGCUGCACUACCAGACCUGAAAUAUUUUGUAGCACGCACGAAAAAUCACAUGGUUCCCGUGUAUUUACAAACAACCUUUCGUGGUCAACGUCGUAUUACUGUGAUUCGACGAAUCCAGGGUGAUAUAUGGGAGUUGGAGCGUGAAUUGCGCGUUGUGGUAGAAAAAGCUAGAAAUGGCAAAUUAUGCGCCAGUCGAGUAAAUGAAAUGAGUGGACAAAUUCACUUUCAUGGCGAUUAUGUAGAUGUUAUACGGGAGCACCUUAAAGAAAAUGGGUUUUAAGUUGUGAAUUUUGUUGCCACGAGACUGUGAAUAAAUACGAAAUUUUAAGUAUGUUCUAUAAAAGUA